AAUACUACACCUGUUGCUGUUUGAUUGUGUACGACAGAGCAAUAAAGUUUGACGUCAAAACUUACGUCCUUGUUUUGUUUAAAAAACAGCUUUCGAUUGACUUUCUUUUUUUUUGAAUCACCAAACAAUCGUUAAAGAAGAGUUCAAUGGCGGAAACGGCGCAGGUGGGAAAUGUGACCGGAGAUGACCGCCCGGAGGUGGCGGAGCAGAUGCAAGCUGAAGGCGGAAGAAGCCCAUCGCAGUUCGGCCAAUCGUCCGAGGAACCACCGUUGCCUCUGGAUCAGUUUAAACGCAACAAGUUCUUCGUCCUGAGGCCUGGCACCCUGCAUGAAGCCAUCAAGGAGGUGAAAUCGCUGGUGGAUAAACAAGUUGACGGCAACAUUCUCGGCGUGUGGCUGCUGGCAGAGGUGGACCACUGGAACAACGAGAAGGAGCGUCUUGCAAUCAUCACGGACAACUUCCUUCUGCUCUUCAAGUACGACUUCAUCAAUUUCAAAUGUGAGCAGAUCCAGAAGAUCCCGCUCAACGUCGUGGAUCGAAUCUGCUACGGCACCUUUACCUUCCCUGUGAAAUACCUACUGCAACGUGAAGGCGAAGGCUUGCGUGUCUUCUGGGAUCGUUUGAGAGAGCCAUCCUUCACCUCCUGGUGGAACCCCUUUGCCACCGACCUGCCCUACGUCACCUUCACAUCGCACCCUGUGAGGCACCUCAACGACGCCUUCUCUUCCAUCUGCAAUAUUCAGAUCUUCCGUGAGGAGCUCAAAGAAGCAGCACAGAAAGCCCACAAGGUGAAGCCGGUCCCCGGAAAGGCCAACGGUGUUCUGGUCCUGAACCAGACCAUCAACAUCGAAGCCUACGUGGGCCUCAUGUCUUUCUUGGGGAACACCAACAAGUUGGGCUACAGCCUAGCCAGAGGAAACCUCGGCUUUUAGAAGGCUCUCACACAAAGACACCUUUUAAUGGAACUCUUGUUAGUGUUCGGGCUUUCUGCGGUUCAUUUGGUCUGCGCUGAACACAGUAACCCAACCUGGAUGUGGACCAAAUCAACCAGUGGUCUCCUACUCCUACUGCCUAUGCUACGUCAAUCGAGCAGUGAUAGGUGAUUUCCUGCAGUGAGUGCACGGUAACGUUCUCAUUCAGCGCCGCACUUGCCGCAUAAUGGAUACCCCCUGCUGACGCUCUGCUUUUACUAUUUGCUCCUCACUGAUAUGCUAAUUCCUCCAUCUCACAACAAGACGCCUUUCUACCUCCCUCGGUGUCCUGUGUUUAAAGCUGCUUGAGAUGCACAUUUGUCACUGUUUAUGUAGUUUGUUUAUAGCAUACAUGCACUGGUGAUGGUUCUACUUUUGUCAGGCUUUUUUAUUUGCUAUUGUGUGCUUUUGUGUUUGUGUCUGUGUUGUGUUUCAAUUCCCUGGGGAUCUGAUGGUGUUUGAAAGUCUACUUUCCGCUCUAUUUAUGACAUUCCGUUUUAGACUAUUACUCUCUUCCAUAAAUUAUUUAAAAACUGGAUAACUAGUUGUAGUUUUACAUGCAGAAAACAAUUCAAAAUACACAUAAAUGACCCAUCCAUCCAUCUUCUAUGCCACUUAUCCUGACUAGGAUCGCGGAGGUAUGCUACACAGAGAUACCAAGUGGAGAAUUGAACCCAACACGCUAACCACUGGUCCACCGUUUGGCAUUUAAGGUUAAUUUUGCCUUCCUUGAAGACGUGAAGCUACAGUCACACUGCAGGUCAAUUCAGAUCUUUUUUCCAUGUCAUUGUGAACAGUACAGUUCUUAUUUUUACAUACGACUCAGGCCUUAUUUGCAUGUAGUUAUACUGAAAAUCCGAUAUGUAUCCAAUCUAUUGCAGUCUGAAUGACCUGAUCGCAUAUAUCUGACCGAUACGUCACCAUGCAAAACUUGGAUGAAGGUACUCACAGACCUGGGCAAAAGUUCUUCUUCUUCAUCCAAAAAUAAUUGUAUUAAUUUUGAAGCAGCUCACGGCAAUGUCGUAACAGCAUGUUUUACCAGAAAUUGGCAUAGCCCAAAUUCUAGCUCAACUCACUUCACUUCGAUUCUGCUCUACUACAAGCUAAAGUGUCUUAUAUAUACGUGCUCUAAAAAAGGAAUCCUACUUUGUGAAAAUUAACUUAUUGCGGUCAAGUUUGGAACCAAUUAACCGCCAUAAACACACUGUAUAUGUUCUGGAUCUGUCUUUUUCUUGCAAAAUGGUCCACUUAUGCCCAGGCUUUAAGAGGUUAAAAUAAUUGUUUGUCCUAUUCCUGCGUCGGUUUCAUUUGAUUUGGUGGCAACAAUCCUUUGUACAGCAAAGAAAAAAAUAAAACAUACCUUUUCUGGCAAUUUUAUUUCUGAUGCUUUACUUAAAAUGCUUGUUUUUCCCCUUAUGAAAACACAACAGAUGAGCAAAAACAUCUAAGGUAAGACUUCUAUGCCUGCAGUAGCGUCCUGAUUGACAAAUUCAAUUGAAUGUAGACAAACUAAAGCCGCAGUAAUAGUCUCUCUCAAGGCAUUCUUAGCAGGAAACGAGGUUAAGUAGCGAGUGUCGUCCAGCUGCAAUUCCACCAGGCAAAGUAAAAAGUAAAGUUCAGCACAUUCAGUAUCACGUAUCAUAACCUGAGGGCUUAGAAGGGGUUAACGUGUUUCCUCCCAAAGUGAGGACGUGUCUCUAAUCUGGGAUCAAGCGCUGCUCUGGCCUGAAGCAAAGCAGCUCGUCCAUAUUUCUGCUCGCCAGGUUGUAAAAGAUGUUCACUACGCAGGAUUAACUGCGUCCAUAAACAUUGGUGCCUUAUCUCCCUGAAGAAAUGUUGUCCUCUCACAGCUGGCUCACCGAACGAUGUCAUUGACAAAUUAUAUUACAUUUUGUAAUAUAAGCUCUUUUUUCCCUUUCAACUUUGUCUUCCAUCCAUCCAUUUUCUAUGCCGCUUAUCCAUAUUAGGUCGCAAGGGUAUGCUG